AUGGCAGAGGCUUCCGCUGACGCCAUUACAACUAUCCCAUGCCACCUUGCUGGUAUCACCAGGGUGGCCUUCUCGCCUGACGGAUCCAAGGACCACCUUGUCACUGCCAGCGCCGACAAUGUCGCGCGCCUCUUCACCUACCCCGCCAACGAGUUUGAAGGCUAUGUGACGCGCUCGCCAGGAGUAGCCAUUCGAUGGGUCGCGAUGGACCAGAAGGGAGAGCAGGUGGCCGUUUGUAGCGACGACAACAUCAAGCCUGUCCGCUCUGCUGCAUGGGACCCGGAGGGCAAGUUCCUCGUCACCGCCGGAUGUGAUGGCAAGAUCAAGAUCUACGACACCACCGGCACUGCGCCCGCUUGCGUCAAGAUUAUGGAGGGCAUCAUCGGCCAGACCGACGUUGACGGUAACUACUUCGCCGUUCCCCUCCGCACCAACGACAUCGGUAUUAUCGCGAAGGACGGAUGGGCCAAGCUUCCUACCUUCAGCCAGGAUGGCCACAAGGGCCCCGUUAGCGAGCUCGCGUGGUCGCCGAAUGGCAAGUACCUCGCCACCGCCGCUGGCAACGAGAUCAUUGUGUGGAAGACCGAGGGCCGCCAGGUCGUAUCGAGGUACACUUACGAGGACGGGGAGGUCUCUGGUCUCGUGUGGUCGCCGAAAGACAACAUGAUCGCGUUCACGGCUCUCGACGGUAGCUUUAACCGAUGGAAGGAGCCUGUUCCUUCCGACGAGGUCUCGCCUGUUCUCUCGGACGCCGCGGUCGCGAAGAAGGUCGACAAGCUCCUCGAUGACGGACUGUUCGGAGAUGAUGACGAUCUGGAUGACCAGGGAGAGGACCUCGGAGAGGAUCUCGGCGAUGACUGGAUCGUUGAUGACGACGGCGGCCUCGGAGCCAUCGAUGACAGCGAGGACAAGUGGACCAAGGGGCGAACAGAGGUUGUCAAUGUGACCAAGGCGCAGCCCGCGUUCGUUCCUGGUGCGACGGAGUGGCGAUCGAAGAAGCGCUAUCUCGCCUUCAACAUGAUUGGUGUUGUCGACGUGACCGACCAGGAGACGCACAACGUCGUCAACGUCGAGUUCCAUGACACGUCCGCUCGCCGCGGAUACCACUUCAGCGACCACAACAAGUACUCGAUGGCCUCGCUCGGCGAGCAGGGAAUCGCGUAUGCUGCCCCAUCUGACAAGGAGCUAGGUACGCCAUCUGUCGUGCACUACCGACCCUAUGACUCGUGGGGAAGCUCCGCGGAGUGGACAGUGAACCUUCUUGACGGAGAGGAGCCGGUAGCGAUUGCUGCCGGCGGACCUGCAAACGGCAUGGGUGCUGUCGUGGUCGCUACGAGCCGCGGCUUCGUGCGCUUCUUCUCGGCUGGUGGAAUCCAGCGCUACAUGUGGCGGUUAGGAGAGGACGUCGUCACCAUGGUCGCCGGCAAGGAGAGGGCCGCGUUCCUUCUGCCGCGAAAGGUCACCCUCACGUGGGCGGGCAUCAACAACCUUGGUGCCCCCGUCAUCUACGACUCGGACGGACUGCUCAGCGUGCUCGACCGAUUCCGCAGACCGGGGCAGGCCCGCUGGGUGCCGCUCUUUGACGCCGAGAUGCUUCGUGACGCUGCCAAGAAGGAGACCUAUUGGCCCGUCGGUGUCACCGACUCGCACUUCAACUGCAUCAUUCUGAAGGGAUUCGAGAAGGAGCCGUGGUUCCCUCGUCCGCUCAUCCAGGAGCUCGACCUCCGCAUGCCGCUUCUUGGUCUCGACAAUGCGCAGGCGCAGCUCGAAGAGAGCGUGGCCCGCAGCUCUGUGGAGCUCAACCUGACUGCCGAGCCGAGCCGCGAGCGCACGGUCAACAUUGACAAGGAGCUGCUCCAGCUCGUGCAGGGUGCGUGCAAGGCUGAUCAGCUCGCCCGUGCGCUGGACCUCACGCGGCUCAUGCAUUCGACCUCUACCCUGGACGCCGCCAUGAAGCUGGCAACCUUUUACCACCUCCCUGGCUUCCAGCAGCGCAUUGCAAAGGUGAAGGAGGCGAAGGAGCGGGAGCCAGUACGUCAGGUGAGGGAGUACGGCUACACCGCGCCGCGACCAAGGGAGAGCAACGGAGGCGAGCGAGUGGAGCGGCAGUUUGGAGACUUUGCGCCGUCGACCCGCAAGCGCUCCUUCGCUGGCAAAGGCAACGGCAACGCCCGUGCGCACACACCCCAGGCGUCUGCUCAGACGUUCAUCCCGGAGACCCCUGACGCGGAAGACGAGUACGCCGGUGACAACAGCGCGAUGCUUCUGGACGAUAUGGAGGAGCAGGCUGCCGAGUACGAGGAGUCGUUCACCAGCCCGCCGGUCAAGCGGAAACGCGAGGCAGAGUCGUCGCUCCCGAGUCUGCCGAGUCUCCAGCCAGCGUUCUCCAAGGAGGCACCGAAGAAUCCCUUCGCGAAGAAGCCGCCGGCAUCCAACCCGUUCGCGCGCCCCGGAGGCACGGCCAAGCCGCUCGACUCGGUGAAGAGCACAAGCUUCUUUGACCGUGUCGAUGACAUUGAGGCGCACAAGCCAAAGAGGGGCAAGCUGGCGAUGGGCGCAAAGGACAAGAGCAAGCAGACGUCGCUGAGCUUUGCCAAGAAGCCUCCGCUCCGUGCUCAGGAUAGUAUGACUGAGACGGAGGAGGAGAGCCUGGGUGUGCUGGAGGAGACGGACAGCAAUCUGCAGGAGACGCUUGUGGACGAGCCCGAGAGCCUGUAA